CAAACAUCUUCCAACCCUCCACCUCAUCUCUCACUCUCUUUGAGUGUCGUCGUAUCCAGCAAUGGUGGACGCCACUUCUGCCACUCUUUCAUCUAACCCAGGUGCUUCAACACCCCUGUCCGCGAAGCAUGGUCGAGGCUCGUCCAGCGUGGACGCGGCUCCUCCCGAGAGCAGAGGGUCAACCACGCCCGCUACCCGGGAGACACCGAGCCUGACACCUUUCGCGCUCGCGUUCCUCGCACUCCCGCACGAGCUUCUGACCCAUAUCCUUCUUUACCUCGCCCCCGACGAUCUCGGUAUCCUUUCUCGCGUCGUUGGCCCACUCGAGGGCGUGGAGCGCGACUCGUACCUCUGGGCUGUUUGGGUACAUCGAACGGCCCCCUCACGUGUAGGCCAUGCUCUGUUCUCUCCUCUACGGCCCGACCCUCUCGAACUAGUGCGACGCGGCACACUUCGCGGCGUGGCGAUCGUCAACGGCGUCCGCGCGGGCGGAUACUGGGCAAGCCCUUCUGCGGUGCGCCUCAGCAUGAUCCACGACAAGCUUUCGCGCCGCAGUCUGCACCGGCAUCUCAGCCUUGCGUUGUAUCUGCGUCCGUCGCGGUCCGCCCUCGUACGAGCUGGCAUCCUCCAUGCCCUGCCGCGUGGCACCUCUGCGACCAUCUCGGCGCGCGCACACGCCCUCGAGCGUGCGCGUGCACGCGAUGCUGCGCGCCAGGCUCUUCGCGCCAUGGGACAGAGGACCUUCGUCGAGGCGCUGAAGCUCGGGAUCUGGAAGGACACGCAGCGUGUGCUGCUCGCACUCUGCCCCAGCAUCAGGGAGCGGCAGCGGUUCUUCGAGGGCUUAGCGCGCGCGUGAGUCAAGCGAGGAGAGUUUUGGGCCAUCUGAAAGAGUUCUCGA